AUGCCUUCUGCCCAGUUCUCGUGGAAGCCCAUUGGCAAGUGGCCGUGGCAAGACAACACUGCUGCGUACACAGCACUCAACAAUGGCACACCCGACGCAAUAGGAAGAUCUGAUGAGCUCGAUCAGGCAGAUGUCAAUGCCACAAAACGAAGCUCCACUGCCUGGACGAUAGGCGUUCUGUUUUGCAUUGUCUUACUCACGAACACAUUUACCUUCACAGUCGCUCCGGGGAUCGCAAAACGAGUAGGCUGGCUUCACGCCAACAUAAUCGAUACCGACCAGCCACCAAAAUCAUGGGCUCUCGUCGACGGACUGCCCACGAAGUUCACGCGCUUCAACUGGUGGACAGAAUACAGCGAUAAGAACUUCACGGAGACGGAUGCUCUAUGGGAUGACAUUAAUCCUGCCCAUGGCUUCAUAGCAGUCGAUCGGGAAUGGGCCACGGCACAGCACUGGCCGAAGAGCAUGCAUCUGCCAAGCGACAGUACGAAGAACGUGUAUCUACUCGAGGCAUACCACCUCAUGCACUGCAUUACAGUCAUCCGCAAAACCUUCUGGCAAGCCGUCCACCACCAAGACUACACAUUCAACCCUCCCCACGCCGGGCACUGCAUCGACAUGAUGCGGCAAUACAUCAUCUGCAAAGCCGAUAACACGCCCCUAUAUACGUUCGGAGAUGAUAGUGCCGGAGACGAGCAGGUGCGGAAGUGCCAGAGUUGGGACGCUCUUCGGGAUUUCGCCACAGAGAAUUCAGCGUGCUAUAGGGACACGCCGCCAGAUGUUGAUUCCAAUACGUUUCCUUUGGGGGCUCAUUUUGGAUACUGUGACAGUGGAUACGAUGGUGUGAAGGAGGGCGAGAGGAGAGGGUCACGCGAACAUGGGGCAGUUUGGGAUGAGGAUCGUAGAUAG